GUUAGCUAGUUAGCUAGGUAGCUGCAAUGCUGUAAACAUGGCUACGUCUGUCAAGUCAGAAUAUAUACAUAUUUGUUAGAUCUGACGUGUUUUGCUUUACACCUAUCCCAACUGUGGUGUCAAAUGUACUGCACGUACGAUAGUCGGUUAUUGUGACUUUGCUAGCCUAACGUUAUGUAUUUACGCCGUAGCUAUUGCGUUCCGUCUCCGGUGUUUCAUUCAAGCUAGCAAGCUACUUGCCGAUUCACGCUGAAGACCAUGCCCCUGCUUCCUGCAAACCAGCCGCAACUGAUCCGUGCCAGUCAGAAAGAUGAAUAUUACCAGAACUGUCUGCGGAACAACGCCAACGAAGCCUUUCAAACGUUUGCAGGAUCUAAGAGAUGGUUGGACUGGCGAAAAGAGAUCGAGUUACUGUCAGACCUUGUGUACUUCGUCUUAACCACGUUUUCAGGGUACCAGACACUCGGUGAGGAGUACUGCAACAUCAUUCAGGUCGAUCCCACCAAGCAGAGGGUGCCAUCUCGUGCCCGCAGGGGGGCACUGAUACUGCUCCACACCUUCCUGCCAUACCUCCUGGAUAAGGUCCUGGUCAGCCUGGAGAAUGAGCUUCAAGAUGAGGACACUAGGACCCAGGGAGGCCAGGGUGCCUCAUCCAGCUUCUGGACCCCUGCUUCCUACCUGAGGGUCAAGAUCCGGAAGGCAGUGGAGCUGCUUACGGAGUCACAGAGAAAAGCCCUGCUCCCAGCCCUCUUUGUUGUCCAGCAGGGAGUCACCAUCUUGCACAGAUUGCAUGUGGCUCUGUUCUACAUUAGUGGGACCUUCUACCACCUAGGGAAGAGGGCAGCUGGGAUCAGUUAUCUGCGUGUUCAUGGUAUGACUGGCGAUGAUCAGGCCAUCCGCACCAGUUACAAGCUCCUCGGUGUGGUCUCACUGCUGCAGCUUGGCCUCACGCUGGCGCUGCAGCUCAACAACUUUCGGCAGAGGCAGAGAGCCCGGCAGGAGUGGAAGCUCCACAGGAACCUUCCUUCCAGAACCAGGUCUGCUGAGACCCCUGCCUCUCGGACCUCUCGCUGCAUCCUGUGUCUUGAGGAGAGACGGCACUCCACCACCACCCCCUGCGGUCACCUGUUCUGCUGGGAGUGCAUCACGGAGUGGUGUAACACCAAGGCAAAAUGUCCUCUGUGUCGAGAGAAAUUCCAGCCACAGAAGCUGGUUUAUCUACGAAACUACAAAUAGAUGAAGAAACUCAACUACUGACUUCACCUGAUUCUCACCUCAGCUGCUGUCAUCCCUUAUGUAUUUUUUUUUUUCCAAUUUAACAUAGACUGUAAAAGAGCCUUUUGGUUUAAAAGUACAGAAGUGCAUUGUGCUCCAUUCUUUCAUGGCCAUAUUUUAUUGUUUGCUUUUUUGGGGUGGGUUCUCAAAUCAGCUACUUUUUUUCCAAGAAAAUGAGUGCAGAGCUCAUGGAAGUAUAUAGUAUUUUGAUUAAAGUGUAUUUUUAAUAAUAUAAAAUUCAGUUCAGUUAUAAUUUGCAAACUGGAUUGUAUCAGUCCGUGUAACUGUUAACUAUUCAAUCAUCUGUAACAAUG